AUGGGUUCUGACGCCGACGUUCACACGGCGUACAAGAAGAACUUUGCGCCCAAGAAGUUCGAGCAGAACCUCCCCGGCUCGGACGCCGACAUGGAGCCGCUCGCCGAGCACACCAAGAUCGAGCGCUGGCACCGCGGCGAGCCCCGCCUCGAGGAGUACGUCGGCUCGAACAAGCUCCAGGGCAAGAAGGCCAUCAUUACCGGCGGCGACUCGGGCAUUGGCCGCACCGUCGCUGCGUUCUUCGCUCGCGAGGGCGCCGACGUCACGAUCAACUACCUCGAGUCGGAGGAGAAGGACGCCCAGAUGACCAAAAAGCUCGUCGAGGAGGCCGGCCAGAAGUGCCUCCUCUUCCCGGGCGACCUCAAGUUCCACGAGACGCGCGAGAAGCUCGUCGCCGCUCACCUCAAGGAGUUCAAGGACCUCGACAUCCUCGUCAACAACGCCUCGCAGCAGAUCCAGUGCCCCGACCUCGCCGACAUCGACAUGAAGAACGUGUCCGAGACUUUCGAGACCAACAUCGUCGCCAUGAUUGGCCUUGCCAAGGUCGCGCUCCCGUACCUCAAGCGCGGCGAUGUCAUCAUCAACACGACGUCGGUCACGGCCUACAAGGGAUCAGCCGCUAUGCUGGACUACGCCUCCAGUAAAGGCGCCAUCGCCACAUUUACGCGUGCGCUCGCCGUCCAGCAGCUCGAGAAGGGCAUCCGCGUCGUCGCCGUUGCGCCCGGCCCGGUCUACACGCCGCUCCAGCCGGCUUCGCGCCCUGCCGAGCAGAUGGAGGGCUGGUCGGUCGGCUCGUCCUCGCUCAUCCACGGUCGGGUCGGCCAGCCCGCCGAGCUCGGCGAGUCGUAUGUGUACCUCGCCACGUCGAACCUGUCGACCGGCACCAUCGUCCACCCCAACAGUGGGCAGUACCAGAUUCCCUGA